GGUAAGCCACAUUGAUAUUUCACAUGGUAUCAAUUACCCUAGGUUUUCCGUCUCCACCCUAGCAAAAUCAUUCACACGAAGCAUGGCGUUUUCUUCUCCUGCUCCGUCUACUUCCUCAUCUACAGAUAUGGAGAAUACAUCAUCUUCACCUUCUCUAACCGCUGGUAUCUCCUCUAGUGUUAUGCUGAUUAUUUCCCCUGUUGCUUUACCGCAAAUUAACAAUUUAUCCACGUCUUCUUCCCUCGUCCAAGGCUCUAGAUUUCCGCUGCCAUUCACAUGGAGUUCCCCAUCUCCGGCGUCUCGCUUGUCAGUCCAAUCGAUUCCUCCAGUAGCUCCUCCACCUCUUCAUCUACACCCGACAGUCCGUCUUCCUCUACUUCGUCCCCAUCCCCACCCUCCUAUACACCUGAUAGUGUGUCUUCCAGUAACUAGGUUGAUGCGCCCGGUAGCUCAUCCUCCCUUCUGCCAUGUCCAAAUCUUCAUCCCAUGCAAACACGUGCUAAAUAUGGUAUUUUCAAACCAAAAACAAUUUUUAAUCUUAAUACAGUCAUUACUGUGCCUGAUCCUACUUGUUUUUCUCAAGAAAAACAAGAUUUAAACUGGCGUGAAGCUAUGGCCGAGGAAUUUAAUGCACUCAUCACCAAUCACAUGUGGGACUUAGUGCCUUUUAAUCCUUCCAAUAAUUUGGUUGGGUGUAAAUGGAUUUAGAAGACACAAUAUCUGUCUAAUGGUUCCAUUGAGCGCCACAAGGUUCGUUUAGUUGCACAAGGUUUUAAUCAGCAAGCUGGUGUAGAUUUUUCUGACACGUUUAGUCCUGUUGUUAAACCCACCACAGUCCGUAUUGUUCUUACUAUUGAUGUCUCUCAUGGUUGGAUCAUUCGCCAAUUAGAUGUCAAGAAUGUGUUCCUUCAUGGUCAUCUUACAGAGGAAGUUUACAUGCGUCAACCCCCUGGGUUCGUUCAUCCUCAAUUUCUUAAUUAUGUGUGUCAUUUGAAAAGGCUAUCUAUGGUCUUAAACAAGCUCCUAGAGCUUGGUUUUAUCGAUUUAGCAGUUUUUAUUGAGUGAGGGAUUUUUGUGUAGUCGGCCUGAUAACUCUCUAUUUAUUUUUCAUCAAGGUAACUAUAUUGUUUAUCUUCUUGUUUAUGGAGAUUACAUUAUAAUUACUGGUAACUCUGCUUCCUUUAUCACUGCAUUCUUAUCUACCUUAGCUCAUGUUUUUUCUAUGAAAGAUCCGGGGAAGUUAAACUAUUUUCUUGGUAUUCAGGCUUCUCAUACUUCUCAAGGUCUCUUUCUCUCUCAACAUAAAUAUGUUAGUGAUCUUCUUAAACGCUUUCAUCUUCACACCCUCAAACCUGUCCGCACUCAUCUUCCUUCACACACUACUCUCUCUCUCACUGAUGGGGAACUUGUAGCAAAUCCUACAGAGUAUCGCAGUAUAAUUGGUGCUUUACAAUAUUGACUAUGACACGUCCAGAUAUUACAUAUGUGGUACACUUAUUUUCCCAAUUUAUGGAUGCCCCACGCACUUCACAUUUUUUGGUUUUUAAGCGUAUUUUCAGCUACCUUCAAGGCACAUUAGAUCAUGGCCUUUUGUUUAGACCUACGAAGGAUCCUACGCUAGUUAUUGCCUACUCGGAAGCUUACUGGGCCGGGUGUCCGGAUAGUAGUCGUUCCACCACAGGAUAUGCAAUUUUUGGGCUCUAAUUUGGUGUCUUGGUGGUCUAAGAAGCAAACCAGUGACUUCAAAUCCUCCACUGACGUUGAGUACAUGACAAUUGUUUACACUGUUCAAGAUACAUUGCAUAUUCGAUUUGUGUUGUUUGAACUUGGAUUUCCUGUUCGUGCUCCAGUCAAGCUAAAAUGUGAUAAUAUAAUGUGUUUGUCUCUUAUUUAGCUGUCAAUCCUGUUCAGCAUGCUCGUAGCAAACACAUUCGCAUUGACUCACUUUGUGUGGGAACGGGUGUCGCAUGGUGACUUGGAGGUUGAAUAUGUUCCAACUCAACUGCAAUUAGCUGAUAUUUUUACCAAAAGUUUGUCAUCUCAGCGUUUUCAUUUUCUUAAAGACAAUCUGCACAUUGUUUCCCCUGCACAGCUUGAGGGGUGUAAUAGAUCAUAAAAAUAGGGAUUUUAUGUAAUUUGUAAAACUUUACCUAUUUUGAGUAUAAAUAUAUGUGUCAGGGCUACCGAUCGGUAAGCCACAUUGAUAUUUCACAUAA